AGGGCACGAGAUUUCCUCGGUGUCCACCCCGUUUCGGGGCCCGAAACACCAGCCACCAGGGCCCGCAGGGCGCAGAAACGCAGGAGCGCAGGGAGGCAAUGGCCAUGAGCUUCGCAAGUGAACGAGGCAGUGGCAUUCUCUUGUCGAGGGUUAGGUUGUCCUCCGUGGAACUCUCUCAGUUCGAUAAGAAACCCAAUGCGCCACCUGUGUGGCCAGCCGUGCUGACCAGCUUCCUCCACUGCGUCAGCCUGGGUGCUGCGCUCAUGACAUGGCUGAGGGUCUGUGAGCAUGUGGUGAGCCCAUAUGUAGAGGAAAAGGACGUGAAAGAUGCAGUGAAAGUGGCAGCGCAGACCUACUAUGGGCGCCUGCUGGCAGUGAAUGCCAUAUGUGAGCUGGUCACCAGUCAGUUUGUAGGGGUGGCGAGCGACAAGCAUGGCCGACGCCCAGUGCAGGUGGCAGCACAGCUGGGACAAGUCAUUGACUACCUCCUUGCCGCACUGUGUUUACCAUCGUUCGGUUAUAUCGGGCAGCUGAAGGAGGGAGCGUGGUUUAUCUUAUUUUUCUCCCGCGGUAUAGCUGGCUUGCUGGGAAACUACAAAGUCAGCCUACAGUCCUACACUGCGGACAUCUCGACUGUUGAAGAGUGCCCUACUCGAAUGGCAUAUCUUGGCGGAGCGCUUGUCACAGGGAUGUGUGCAGGAAGCAUGUUGGCCACCGCAGUCGGCGUCUCCAAGAUCUCCUUCCGGUGGAGUUUUUUGGCGGCCACGGCCAUCAAUGUGGGCAUCAUUGCCCUAGUCGUCGUCAAGUGGCGCGACAUUGCGCCUCGGAAAGAUUACACCUGGCGAGAGGCGAACCCUUUCGCCAGUUUCCAUUUGCUAGGCACCAAUCGGGCCAUGGCGAUGUACUCUGCACUUGUCUUCCUCAGCUCUUUUUCCCUCAAUAUGUUCAGCAGCACUUUGGUGUCUUACUGUGAAACCUUUCUGAACAUGGACACUCCGACCUUCUCCGCACUUGUCAUGAUGUGGACUCUUGAAUCUGCCAUUUGCCUCGGCAUUGUGCAGCCAGCACUUGUCCGAGAAGUGGGUGAAAUUGCGACCUUGCAAUUGUCUUUCCUUUGCAUGAUCGUCUUUUAUGUGCUCUUCUGUCUGUUGACCCCGGAGAACUCAGCAUGGGUCUUCGUCAUUAUGAUUCUUUUCUCGAUGGGCUCCAUCACCUAUCCCUUGGCAGUAAGCCUUGCCACCAGAGAACUGCCGCCAGAGCUGCAAGGGAGUUUGCAGGGGGCCGUUUCCGUCUUGGAGACCGUGGCAAAGAUUAUUGCGCCUCUAUUGGCCUCCGAUGUGAUCAUUCCUGCCUACUCAGAGCCAGGGCAGUUCUAUGGGAUGGUGUACUUUGUGGCAGGGCUGUUGUUGGUACCCAGCCUUUGGCCGUGCCAUGAGCUUUACAAAUUGACUGCGCGCAUGAAUCCAGAUCGCACCGUGAUGCUGGAAGAGAUUGGCGGGUAAAUUUCCUGCUGUUGAUGUCUUGAACUGAAGGCAUGUCAUGGAUUCGCUCUGUGAAAAAC